AUGCUGGCUGGAGGAUUUCCUAUUGUAGAUACAUCUAAACCGAGAGAGGAGAGAGAUUACAAAGAGCUAUAUUCCGACCUUGAUGAAUCUGACAUAUUGAAUGUAUAUGUACGAACGAGUAUUGAGAAUCAAGAAGUAAACAAUCUAAAUGGUACUGGUGAACCAUCGCCAUCUAAUGGCAACAAUGCCAAUGGCGAAAAGCAUGUAGAUAACAAUCUAAAGGCACCCUCAUUCAGAAAGAUAGCAAAACCAGCAUUUAACCACCCAAAAUUCUCUAAGACGUUAGUUGAUUACGGAUUCCAGGAUCCAUCCAAGCCAAUUAGGAAUCACUCGUCAAAAACAUUAACACGGCCAUUCUCUUGUGACGAUAUUCAAGAAAUGGCUGUUAAAAAGCAAAAGUUGGUUGAAUAUGACUUAGAUGAGCAGGACUUACUAUAUUUGGCGCAACGCAAUGACAAAUCUUCGAACACCAUCAAGCUCACACCGGAGAUAUUUGAAAUAUUGAUAACCAUUUUGGAAAAUGAGUGGAAUGUCCUUGAAUUGAAGCUUUCAUCGAGAGAAAAUUCCUCGACUAAUAAAGGUAUUCUAAAGUUGGACAACGGAGGUGAUGUACAUAAAUAUGGAAAUGACGAUGGUAUAGUAGAAGGCUCCUUCAUGGAGCAGAAAUGUGCUGUUUGCAAUGAUAGUGAUUGCGACAAUAGUAAUGCAAUUGUGUUCUGCGAUGGAUGUGAUAUUGCCGUUCAUCAAGAAUGUUAUGGAAUUGCAUUUAUCCCCGAGGGCCAAUGGCUUUGUCGUAAAUGUAUGAUAAACAAAAACAGGGAGGUCCAUUGUAUAUUUUGUCCUAGUACCACUGGGGCAUUCAAACAAUUGGAUAGUAGCAUGUGGAGCCAUGUAAUAUGUGCAUUAUGGAUAACAGAAUUAUACUUUGCCAAUCCAAUUUACAUGGAACCCAUUGAGGGAGUCGAUACGAUACCGAAGAAUCGCUGGAAAUUAACUUGCUAUAUUUGUAAAAAGAGGAAUGUCGGGGCAUGCAUUCAAUGUCACAAUAAGAAUUGCUUUCAGGCGUAUCAUGUUACCUGUGCAAAGAGAAGUGGUCUUCAUAUGAAACUCACGAAGGGUAUUGUUGGUGCCAUAAACAAUAAAGCGACUUUAAGAACCUACUGUGACAAGCAUGGGGGACAUGAUCUAAGGGACCAUUUGGAUAUUAUGAGGGGAAUUGAGAAAACCAGACUUUACUUUAGAGACUUGAAGAUAUUGAACGAUAAGAACGCUAAGAUUUUAAGAAAGCAGGAGAUUGAUAACAAGCUAAACACUUUCAAGUGGAAAACUGAAAACGAUACCCCAAUUGCACCUCACAAGUUUUCCCAGGUUUUGGAAGACAAGCUAAUGGAAUUAAAAGUAAUGGAAAGAAAUACUGCUUAUGCAAAUGGGGGUGAUGGUAAUUCGAGCCUUAAGCAUUUGGCAAUUGCUCCAAAUACAAGUAAGGAAAUGAAAAAAUUGGAAAUAAAGCAAAUAACUUUUGACAUUUGUAAAUACUGGUGUCUUAAACGUGAACUGAAAAAUGGUGCUCCAUUGACGAGGAAGAAUAAUAAUAUGGAACUUUCUUCAAUAAUAUAUGGAUCAAAUGAACAGGAAGAAAUCAAUAAUAAAUUGGAGUUUGGUAGAAUUCUAAUCGAAGAUUUAGAUAGGGUCUUGCUAUUGGUAGAAAAUGUGGUGGAACGACAAGAAAUAUUGUUAACUGAUGCAGAGCUAAGCUUGGAUAUAAUCGAUGGAAUUUAUUUCCCUACAAGGCAGGUGCUACUUGAAAUUCUUGGGAAGCAUCGAUCCUCGCAGUCAUCAACUAAUAGUGCUGGGAAUUCCACGAUAUUCGAUCAUUUAUAUGAGAACCUCGAUCUGUAUAAACUCGAGAGUAAUAGCGUCGAAGCAUUUGUUCAUGAUUUGAGGAAUAUCUGUACCAAGAUUAUUUCAGAAUCAGGUAAAGCUAGUCAAAUAACCAAACUUUCUAAGAAAAUAUUAAAAGAAUUGGAUCGCCAAAAUUGGCAAGAAUUAGACAGGAAAUUGCUCAAAGAUAUUGACCACGAUGAAAUCUUAAAGUUACCCUAUGUAAAUGUCACUGGAUCAAAUGUGAAUUUCAAAGAGGUGAAUGCUUAUAAAGAACUAUUGCGAGAAGAUUUAAGUGAAGUGGAAUCAUUGAAUGGGGAUGAAGAAAGUGAAUUGGAUGGCUUAAUAAGAAGUUAG